AUGCUAUCCGUUUGCCGUGAACGAGUGAUUCACAUUGCCAGGAGCCGAUUCGUCGCCACAACGGAUGACACACGAGAUUCGUCUCAAAUUUGCGGUCCUCACGCAAAAACUUUGCCAGUGCACGCUCUUUGGCAGAGCAUUACAAGCCCAACGAUGCGGCUUGAUUUCAAGGCCCGUCUCGUACUGUUGUUUGCCCUCGUCGGUGCAUUAGCUAUCUACUACGUCAACCGAGAGGGCGUUGCGGCCGAGCAUCCACACGGGCAGGAUGUGGACCUGGUCUCUCCCAUAAAUUCGCACCAGCAACGUAUAUUCGAACAGUACUAUCCAUCGCCGCGAAAUCGUUCUCGGCAUCCAAAAUAUGGGAACAGCAAUCUGAACGAUGCUUAUUCCGAUGCGCCGCUUGGCGAGGACGUCAUUUACAUUUAUAAGGCUUUUUAUGAUACCAGGGACCCUGCUGGCCCUCGAAUCCGAGUAAUCCUAACCGCGAACUGCGCCACACUGGCAUCAGGUGAUGUGGUUAUAGAAUUAAGGAUCGCUAACAAAUCCAUCGGAAUCGGCUGGGUGAGACUUCCAUUUGAGGGUGCCCUAACCAGCUGCUUGGGUGAUGAUUGCCCCUAUCACCAUUAUGACAUUGCCUCGGAAGCCUAUGAAGGAGCUAUUCCCGAGACGGUCACCUUCCACCGGGAUGAUUUUAUUGCCGAAAUCCCGAUCGAGCGAUCACCGGCAGAAUAUAGCGACGAUAUCUCGGCUUGCCUCGGCGGCAUGCACUGGUACAACGACUGGCCGCGCCUAAUAUUUUACGUGGAAAUGGUUCGCCGUAACGGCAUCUCACGAAUUCUUGUGCCCUGGCAACAGAAAGGGAUCAUCGACCUGCACCCAUGGCCGCUCAUGCCUUUUGGCAAAAAACACGACCCAAACAAGCUAGUCUUCUACAACGCACAGUGGCUGCUAACUCAAUACUGCAAUUUCUGGACGAAGAGCAAGUACACUUACCUCUCUGACGUUGAUGAGAUGUUGUAUGUAAGGGAUCGUAACUGGACGCUGUACGAGUUAUUAGAAAGCUGGUCGCGGAAUGCUUCAGAUCUUGGUGGCUUCAAUUUCCCCCAUACUCCAUUGUCGCUGGAUCUGGCCCAGGAACCGUUUGAUUACGAAAAAUUCUUGGAAUUGGAGCCUUUGAGAAUGCGGCCACGAACCGUUGUGGAUGACUGGAGAUUUCCAAAGUCCGUAUGGAUCACCGAACACACGAUGGUGUCAUGGGUGCACUACGCGACCGAAUUUUUCGCCGACAAAAGGAACUAUGACAUCCCGGCCGAAGAGGCUCUGGACCUGCACAUGCGCAACGACUUCAUCGGCAGGAACUAUACUGACCUGUACCCGGACGUGCAGAUCUUUUCCGAGGAGGAGGUCGAGGGGGAACUGUCCAGGAUCCGCGGAAUCAUCCGGGAAAUUUUUCGCGACUUGAGGCCGAAUUAUCGCACCCCGGCAGUGCACGCAGCGAUGGAGAAACCAGGGAAACCGUGCGACGACUCUGGGGUGGGCUGCUGGGAGUUACUCUCCAGGGUCGACGACUGGAUCUACGCGUCACCAACGCCGGAAAGCUUUUACAUUCCGGUU